CAUACUGUACGGGACCAGGUAACGUCAGACCGCUGGACUUGGGACAAAAACGGACUUUGUUUACAGACGGAGUCUUGUGACGUUGUGGAAGGACUUUGGAGCGUCUCACGGAGAAACCACCUGACCAACAUCUCGGACGGUUUGUAGUUCCUGGACGACGACCAUGGAAAGGAAGUACAAGGCGACACGGAGCCAGUCCCUAAGGAGCCUCUCUGCGUCAUGUGACGAGGCCGCCAGGACGGACACAAAGCUGCUGAGCAGGGCGGUGUCCGUGUCCCAGUUGGUUUCAAGAUAUCAAGACAACGCUGAUGGAAAUACCCCAGCCGAGGCCGCCUUGGAGAAAAAAAGUGAAAGGAAUCAGAGGUCGUCAGUCAAACAGACUACAGUAACCCUUCGUAAAAAGCCUGAGCUGGAGCCACCAAAGAGCAGAAACCAUGAGAGACGACAGGAGCGCUCUGAGGCCAAGACCACUUUGUACCGCAGUAAGUCGAUGGGGAGCCUUCAAAACAAAACAGAGUCCAUCGAGGACCUGAAGGCCCGCUUUGAGUCCAUGGCCCCGCAAAAAGAGCUGAAGAGCGAGGUCAAAGCCAUGGACAUCAGACGGCCUUCCAGAGAGGUGAAGCCAGUGAAGACUGGAAAGAUGGAGGCGGUGAAGAAGGAGCAGAAGCCUCCUCGUGCCUCUCUGAACGACGCCAGAAGUGACGCAAUGAAGGACAAAGCGCCAAAACAGGUGGUGAGUCGCACGGAGAGAAGGAAAACCAUUGGAGGAAGUGGUUUGGAAAGACCUGCAGCCUCUAAAGCUGAUGAAAAGCGGAGGUCGAUCGCGGACUUCAGGGAAAACCUCUUCCUCCCCGAGAAGGAGAAACUGUGUGUCUCCGUCAAAGCUUUGUCUGCUCUCUAUCUGUCAAAAGUAGCAACUCAGGAAGCAGAGCAGACCAUUUUAAAGCCGGCACAAGAUCAGGCACCUGAACCACAGAGACGAGUGACUCGAAUGAGGAUGGCCGAAGAUACCCAACUCAACAGAGAUGACCAGCUUGGACAUCAAUUAGAGACACAGCCGCAACGGUUCUCACAAUCCCAAACUCCCAAAGAAACGUUGUCCCAACAGCGUCAGAAAUGUGAGCUGAGGAGACUCUUGAAGCACACACACCCUGAGCUGAAGAUGCUGGAUGAGGUGGUGGACGAGGAGCUUGCUGAGGUUUUGAACUCGGACUCCGAGGUGACAGCUGAUCAAAGUGGAUACGAGGGAGAAGUUCGCUCCAGACGGCUGAUAUUUGAGAACAGUUCCCGGAGUGAUAAAGUAUCAUCUUACAACCCCAGGAUGCACAUGGCUGAGGAAACGUUAGAAAAGGGGAAUGUCCGUAAAACAUCAGCUGUGCUUGAGGACUCGAACGAGAGGUCAAGUCUUGCUCAACCAAUCCUGGACUCUGACCAAAGGCUGUCUUCUAGCCCAGAACCCAACAGAGAGUGUGAGGAAGAGCCUAUGAGAAUAGAUGUACAGGCAACCAGAAGGAUGUUUGAAAGUCAGUGUGUGGAAACAUCUCAGCCAAAUUCAGACAGCAAGCACGGGCGUAAAGUUUCUAAUUCAGGUGAUGCCAUGGCGUUAAUCCAAGGACAGCAAGCCCAAAAAUGCGAACCAUGCAAUACUCGUAGAGAUGGAGACGUUUCAACACAGUUUGAAGGAAAAGAAGACAGUAUAAAAACCAAAUCGGCCCUGAUGCAAAACAACCCAUUCAUGUCACAAAACAUAAAAGAACAUUCCCACUUUCACACAAGUCCAGCAGCAGAGGAUGAUGUUUACGCUAUAGUUAAGGACAGAGCCCAUUUGUUUGAGUCAAUGCCGUUUGACAGAAUCAGACGCCAGAACAAGGAUGAAAUAGAAACGAUGGUAGAGACGCUCAAAGAAUCACUGCAAUCUCUCCAUCGCUUCAACGUCAUUCAUGUUGAUGGCUCCAUCAUUGAAGUAAACGAGACCACACGAGCCAAAAAGGCAGAGUACACCAUAUCAGGGAGCAGACCCGAGAUAAAUUAUGAAGAGGUGUCUGAAGGCAAUUUCCAAAACUUCAUCCUGCGUGUUUUGCCACGAGCAAACCUGAAGCCUCAGGUGACUUACCUGAAGGAAGCUUGUGACGGAGAGAUAAAGAGCUCAUUGCUAAUUGUACCUGUGAACCAGCAUCAGGAGUGUAAAACUGCUAACGUGCUGCAAUUUAUUGAGGAUGUUCUUAAUCAAGAUAACUCUCUGAGGAAAGGUGUGAUCAUCCAGGAGGAUAACAAAUCUGAAGACAUCAUCGUUUACUCCCUUUACAAGUAUUCGGACGAGGAAGAUGUGAGACAAUAUUGUCCUCCACAAGCGCAUUGUUCAGAGAUAAACACACGCAAGUCACCAGUCGUCUCUCCAGAUAGGACCUGUCAAGUUUCGAGCCAUCCUGCAGUCAAAGGAAAUGUGAAAUUAUUCAGAAGUUGCAUUGAGAAGGGAGAACUGGAGUAUCUGAAAACUCUUCAGGCAAGUCCAACAGUUGAAGAACUGACGACGGAACAAAUCGUAGAGAUUCAACCUGAGCAUGCAGACGAGGGUGCUCAAGAGUGGGCACCAGUGGAUGUGAAGAAGCUGAGAAGUAUGUUUUCUGGAGGUCAAAAACCGAGCCAACCCAGUCAAUAUACUGACGGAAUCACAAUUUCUCCAAGACUAAACGUGACACCAGAGACAGCUGUUGAUGUCCCUCCACGUGAAGACAUGAAAUGUAGCACCAAAGCUCAUGAAGAAGUUAAAGACUCCGUCAGUCUGUCGCAAUUUGACACACAAUAUGGAGACACAGUCCUCCUAGCCGAGUUAGUGGAGGUGGUAGAUAACAAUGAAAUGUCCAACCUUCAAACUGCAAUUCACAGCCUGCAACAGGCCACAACGGAAGCCAGAUCUUUACAUAAGUCAUCGCAAGAAAAGCAGAAACCUAUUGAGCAACCAGUUGAUGUCAACUCACAGAAGAUACACAGCGAACAAAACACGUUGCCAAAAGACUGUGGACAAUCAGAACAGGCAGUCUUCAGCAUCAAUUCGGCUUCAGAUAGUACAGCUUGUCUAAAAGAUGGUGCUUCUGAAGAAAUUCACAGAGUUGAGGAUGUCCAGGAAUGCCACUUCCACCCUGCUGUGGUCCCUCCAGAUGUUUCAGAAACAUCCACACAACAAGAGGGAGAGGAAAACGUAUUUCAAGGUAAACUCAAGGCAGCCUUGGAUUCCCUGGAGAGGUCCAACAUUAACGUCAGCAAAGGAGAUUUCAGAGCAGCAAUGAUAUACCGUAACUCAUCAAAACCUUCUCAAGAAAGACUGAAAACUGAUGCAGUUUCUGGUGAAAAGACAGUCGACCAAGACGUUUGUGUACCAUCAUCUCAUUUGAGUCAAAAUACAGUCAGAGAAGAAGGGAUCAACACCACAAACGCAGAGUCUACAAGCAAAGGCAAAUUCGCAACAAGUGUAUCAGAGAAAAGCAGAAGGAAUGUUGGUCCAAAACCAGGCAUCCCUCCAAAACCUGAACACCUGAAAGCAAAAGAACACAAACAGUCAAACACAGAGAAACACACAACUAAGCUACUUAAAGGUGAAACUACAAUAAAUACAGAUCAACCUGAGGAAGAUUUGUCGAAAAGAAAGACUGUUAUGGUCUUUGAACAAGAUAUAGUGGGUCAGGAAAGACCUCAUGCGACUGAAACUAAUUCACAAACAUGUCAGGAAAUUGACAAAGAACAACCAAUCCAAGUCACCAUGGAAAAGGACCACAAAGAAGAGAUAAAUGUCACCCAGGACAUCCCAGUGGGAGACAAGAGUAAUGACAGUGAGGAAAUCCACUUAGACUUCAACGAGGCAUGUCAAAUGUUUGGCGGUAAAAAGGCUCCUUCGAAGAAGAAGCCACCUGUGAAACCAAAGAGAGUUAAACUGGCCCAACCUCACAACAAAGACCCAGAAGACUUAUCUGAAGUGAAACAAGUAGAUGUCCAAUCACAACCAACUCUACUCAAUCAGUCACAUGGUAAUCCACCUGGACAAAAAGACGAGCCAAAACCUAAACAGGACGUUAAGGUUGCGAUGAGGCAAAAGAAGGGAAGGACGGAGACGGAGGAUGAACGGCGACAGCGUCUCUCAGUCCACAUGGACGAGAUCAUGCGGGGAAACAUUUCCGCCGCCACGGAGAUCUUUGACAACCUGCGAAAGCAGGAAGAGCUGCAGAGCAUCCUCUGUCGAGUUGAAGAAAUCGAGGAGGACACCAGCAAGGUGGAUGUCAGGUCGCUGAGGAAAGUGUUCGAGGACGUUCCCGACUGGGUUGUUCGCUCCAACAAAAAGAAAGAAAAGCCGGUAAAGAAAGAACUCAAAGGAGAGACGCUGACGCUAUCGGACAAUAAAUCCCCCAUGGCGCACGUUUUUGGAGAUCUGGAAAGAGCCAGUGAGGAAAUAAUGAAUCUCAAAGAGCAGACGCUAGCAAGGUUGGUGGACAUAGAGGACGCCAUUAAGAAGGCUCUAUAUUCCGUCUCCACGCUGAAAUCGGACUCUGACAUAGCUGGUCUGUCUUGCCUGUUUAAGGAGUCUUUAGGAAGCAUGCAAGGAUCCUCUGCUAACAUUAGCAAAAUAAGCAUCGGCUCGAGCAAAACUAAACCACUGCAAGAACAAGAAGUCCCCACAGCUCCAACUGGGGGACAGAACCUUGAAAGGACUCCACAGUGCACAUCUUCACCUGCGUUCAUCUCCAUCCAGUCAGCUGCGAGAAAGCCCCCAGUGGCCGCCCUCUGCCCAACAUGCCAGCACAGUCAAAGGCCAGAAGAGACUUUCUGCACGACCAAAGUCCUUCAAUGCAACAGUCCUGGUCUGUACAGGAAGAAGGACGACAGCAAAGAAUCUAACUCCCCUCCACGGGAGAUCAGCCUGCUGGAGGUGCACACGGACCUCCACGGGAGCACCAAAGCCAUCACGGAAAACUACGAGAGGACGGACGCCUGCGGAACCAGGAUUUACUCGUCAAAAACGUCCGCUGUGGUCACCACUCCGCCUGAAAGCGUCGCCUCGUCCACAGCUCCGGUCGUGGUCAUGCCGGCGAUGUGUCAGAUCGCCACAUACCCCGAGAUCCCCCUGCCGAGCAACGACCACAAGCAGUCAUGAAAAACCUUCUCACGUGUACAGAAUUCAUGUUUGGUUACGGUUUCAUAUUGUCCUCCACUUUUGUUGGUGUUUUUGAGAUAAAAACCCGUCUUAACUGCCUGGUUGUCUCAUCAGUUCCAAGCGAGUCCGUCGGAGACAUGCUCGGCCUGUCUCAAGCCCGUCUACCCCAUGGAGAAAAUGACGGCAGACAAAUACAUUUUUCACAAAAGUUGCUUCUGCUGUAAAAAGUGCAAGAAAACUCUCAGGUGAGAAAAAAAAA